AUGACGGCCUUUAUUGGACGGAAACGUCUGAUGUCUACCUUAUACAUCCAGGGACAUUGUCUUGUCCAGUGCUGCGACCAAGAUUUAUGUAACGUCGGUUGUAACCAGACAUCCUUAACUGUCACAAGCGCUCCCAUACAAACACCGCAUCCUUCCCCAACAAAAGAUACAUCAUCGCAAGUAACGGCAACUACGCCAAACAUAAAAAUACCAACAAAGCCGUCUACGACACUGUCCACUGAUGUACCUACUACCUCAGGUUGCGGGGACAGACUAGAAUCGUACCAAACAUCGUGCUACAUCUUCUCGCAUAGGGAAAUGAGUUUUGAUAGUGCAAAGGCGUUCUGCGCACACCAGCGGGCGUAUUUAGUUCGUGUUGACACCGCCGGUGAAAAUAUGUUCCUGACAAACAAAAUCAAGCUUUUAAACAAAGGCUGGGUCCAGUAUUGGCUUGGUAUCAACGUAUCCGGAGGAGUUUGGUAUUACACCGGAACUAACGUAACGUCAACGUUCGCCGAAUGGGCGCCGCAUGAACCGGACGGCAAACAUACGUUAGAUGGAGACGACAACAUAGCAAACUGCGCCGUGAUGUCGCCCUAUGUGGGAUUCAAGUGGCGGGACGAAGGAUGUUCCCCCUACGAAAUGGCUGAGACCAUCUGUGAAAUGAGAAAUCCAUCUCUGCCCUAA